AUGGGUGUCAAAACAUUCAAGAUUGGCUCUGCGGCAGGCAUUUCUAAUGACCGCAAAUCUUCUAGCAGCUCAUCGGUAUCAAAAGCUUCUCAGGAAUCUGCUAACCUCCCUGAACCUUUUCCUAGUCCCCGCAUUCCACCACUCGGAAAGAAACGACUUGCCAACGUACCUCCAUCCGAUUACAGCAAAAUGGUUCUCAAUCAAGCAAAAGUUAAAUCCGUCUUGAGCGGCGACAGUCUUGUACUUACCUCAGUUGAGAACCCGGAUCUCGAGCGCAUUUUGUCCUUAGCUUAUUGCACUUCACCACAUCUGCGAAAGGAAGGCGACGAACCAUUUGCAUUUCAGUCUCGCGAUGCCCUACGAAAAUUAGUAGUGGGCAAGGUUGUACAAUUCCAAGUCUUGUACCAAAUUCCAAAUACUAAGCGCGAAUAUGGACUUGUUUUUCUCAAUGAUGGAACCAAACUACCCGAAGAAAUGAUAAAGGAAGGUUGGCUUAAAUUGAGAGAAGAUGCUGGCCGAAAGGAAGAUUCGGAAUCGGCCCUUCAACAACUCGACGCCUUACGUUUAUACGAAGCUACCGCACGCAGUGAAGACAAGGGUCUAUGGCAAGAAAAUGGCGGACGUAUCGAGGUCCAGCAUGACAUGGGCAACCCAGAGUCUUUCUUAGAUACAUGGAAGGGAAAAACAGUGGAUGGUUUGGUCGAACGUAUAUUGAGUGGUGAUCGAAUGCUUGUGCGUUUGAUUGUUACUCCUACACAGCACAUUCAAGUUAUGACUUUGGUCGCUGGUAUUCGCGCACCAGCUACUGAGCGAGUCAACCCAUCGAAUGGACAAACAGCUCCUGCGGAACCAUUUGGAAACGAAGCACGACGUUUCGUCGAGGAAAGAUUAUUGCAAAGAAAUGUUAAAAUCCAUAUUCUUGGACUUAGCCCACAAAAUCAACUCAUUGCUUCAGUUAUCCAUCCCAAGGGAACUAUUGCCAAAUUCAUCCUCGAAGCUGGACUUGCACGAUGCACCGAUUUCCAUUCAACACUCCUUGGCUCAGACAUGGCAACAUUACGUGAGGCUGAAAAGCGUGCACAACAUGCUAAACUCGGUCUGUUCAAGGACCAUGUUGUAAAGAACAACGGUGCAGGUGGAAGUCUUGAAGCAACUGUUACCAAAAUUUUCAGCGCCGAUCAAAUUUUUGUCCAGAACAAGGCAGGUGUUGAGAAGCGCAUAAACAUUAGUAGUAUUCGUGGACCUAGACCUACUGAGUCAUCUGAAGCACCUUUCAGAGACGAAGCUAAGGAAUUCCUUCGAAAACGCCUGAUCGGAAAACAUGUCCGAAUUAGCAUCGAUGGAUCAAGACCAGGCACUGAAGAUUAUGAUGCAAAGGAAGUUGCCACCGUUACUUUGAAUGAUAAGAAUAUUGGAUUGCAAUUGGUUCAAGAAGGUUGGGCUUCCGUAAUCCGUCAUCGAAGAGAUGACACCGAUCGCGCUCCUAACUACGAUGAUUUAUUGGCUGCACAAGAGAAAGCCAAGGAAGAAAAGAAAGGAAUGUGGUCUGGAAAGGCCGCAAAGGCAAAGCAAUAUGCCGAUGCAUCUGAGACUGUCCAAAAGGCUAAGCUACAUGUUGGAUCAUUGCAACGACAAAAGAGAAUCCCGGCCAUUGUUGACUUUGUCAAAGGAGGCGGCCGAUUUGUUGUACUCGUGCCUCGUGAAGGCAUUAAACUCAACUUUGUUCUCGCUGGUAUUCGAGCUCCCAAAUCUGCUAGAAACCCAAGCGAUAAGAGCGAACCAUUUGGCAAGGAAGCACACGAUUUAGCUACACGAAGAUUAUCACAACGUGAUGUUGAAAUCGAUGUAUAUAAUACCGAUAAGGUUGGUGGCUUCAUUGGUGAACUUUACAUCAACAAGGAGAGCUUUGGUAAAAUCUUGGUUGAGGAAGGUUAUGCAACUGUUCAUCAACACUCUGCCGAACAAUCCGGAAAUUCGAAGGAAUUAUUAGCAGCCGAAAAGCGCGCAAAGGAUGCUCGAAAAGGUCUUUGGGCAGAUUGGGAUCCAUCUUUAGAUGUGGAAGAAGAGGAAUACCAGCCUGCCAAUGAUGAUGAAGUCACUCAGAUCAAGAGAGAAAAGGAUUACAGAGAUGUUAUUGUCACCCAGAUUAAUGAGGAUGGAAAGUUGAAACUCCAGAUCAUUGGUACUGGUACUUCGGCUCUUGAGACUAUGAUGACUCAAUUCAAGUCUUUCCACUUGAACCCAUCCAACUCAACUGGUCUCCCCGGUCCACCAAAGGCUGGCGAUUACGUUGCGGCCAAAUUUUCCGAGGAUGGUCAAUGGUAUCGUGGUCGCAUACGCUCCAAUGAUCGUACUGCUAAGGAAGCAGAAAUUGUUUAUAUCGAUUAUGGCAACAGCGAGAAGAUUCCUUGGUCUCGUCUCCGACCACUUUCACAACCACAAUUUUCAACGCAAAAACUUCGCCCACAAGCCGUUGAUGCUAUCUUAACUCUUCUUCAAUUUCCUACAGACAAGGAUUAUAUGAAUGAGGCAAUUAGAUAUAUUACUCACAACACCGCCGACAGGGAACUCGUCGCAAAUGUCGAUUAUACAGCUCCAGAUGGAACUUUGUAUGUCACAUUGUUUGAUGCUAAGAGUCAAAACUUGAACGAUAGCAUCAAUAAUGAUAUCGUAGCUAUGGGUCUUAGCAUGGUUCCAACCAAGUUGAAGGGUUGGGAGAAGGGAUUUGCGGAUGUUAUUAAGAGUUUGACUCAAAGUCAAACUGAGGCUAGACAAAAUCGCCAGGGUAUGUGGGAGUAUGGUGAUGCUUAUGAAGAUUAA